CUGUCCGCUUUCUGCGUAUGUUUUCUUUCGGUUUUAAACUGCAGACUGCGGUAUAAACAUUGAACUAUCAAAAUGCGCAACUAUAUUAUAUAAUUGAUAAUUAUAUAAGUAAUUAGAUUUCAUGUGACAAAGAAUGAAAUUUGAUAAUUCAUGUGAAAAAUCUUAAGAAAGGGUGAACUCAAUCGGAAUUUUAUGUGUUUUAAAAUAAACUGUUUAGGACGUCUUCGGUAAAAGUAGAUACCAAUCAUGGCUGUUUCAGUAUUGGAUGAUGAUCAUCUUUUAAUCAGUCUCAUUAUAACUGUUAUUAUGCAGUUCAUAUUUUUUAUUAUUGCUGCUACCUUUCAGUUUGAUAAAGUUACAGAUUUUGCUGGCGGUGUCAACUUUAUUAUCUUGGCUAUUUUAACUUUUGUACUAUCACAGACCUAUGAAUUAAGGCAAAUUAUGGUAACAUCGUUUGUUAUUUUAUGGGGCCUCAGACUUUCAGGAUUUCUGCUGUAUAGGAUAAUUAAAAUUGGUCGAGAUAAAAGAUUUGAUGACAGACGGAGCAAUGUUAUUAGAUUUGCUGUUUUCUGGACUUUCCAAGCCAUUUGGGUAUUUAUUGUUAGUCUUCCAGUAAUCUUCAUCAACUCACCUAAAAAACAGAAAGAAAUGAAUCCAACUCCCAUGACAAAUUUGGAUAUUGCAGGAACAGUCAUGUUUGCUGUUGGCUUUUUGUGUGAGUCUAUAUCGGAUAUACAGAAAUUCAAAUUCAAGGAGAAUCCAACAACGAAGGGACGAUGGUGUGAUGCAGGAUUGUGGAAAUUUUCACGUCAUCCAAACUACUUUGGAGAAAUCCUACUAUGGUGGGGUAUAUUUGUUAUAUCAAUUAAUGCCAUUCGUGGUUAUGAGUGGAUUGCUAUUUUGAGCCCUGUAUUCACUACUUUAAUUAUCCUUUUCCUCAGUGGAAUACCUCUACUAGAAAGAAACUCUGACGAAAGAUAUCGCAAUAUUGAAGAAUACAGAGUUUACAAAACCACAACCAGUCCACUUAUUCCAUUGCCUCCUACUGUUUAUGCAGAUAUUCCAACAUUAUUCAAAGUUCUCAUAUUCUGGGAAUUCCCUCUGUACAACUACUUAGAUCCGGAGAAAGGUGCCUCAGACAGAGCUGGAGAAACUAUUCCUGUUCAGACAUGAAGAAAUGAGGCACACAUGUGAGGGUUGAAUUUGAAAAUUGACUAUAACUUUUUCUGUCUAUCCAAAAAGCAUUGCUUCAUGGUAGAAAAAAUGACGAUUAAAAAAUUAACUCAUAUGCUUAUUUUAUUAGUUUUAGUUCCUUUUAAGUCAUUUUAUUGCUUUUAAGAAUUUUCUUAUCUAUUUUUUUUAUUUUAGUUGAAUAUGUACUUAAAUUAGUUAUGAUUGAUCAAAUUUUUUUUUGUCUUUAUAUAUCUGUGGUUUAUAGGUAAUUAAGAUUUGGUUGAGUGGCUACAAAAAAUCAAAUUUGAAACAAUUUUAUUUGUAUGAAUAGUAAGUUUUUAAAAGCUUACAGCUCCUAGAUAAAUUACUGUUUAUUAGAGUUAGUUUCCUAGAUGGAAAGGCAUGUUCAGUGAUUCUGCAAGACUUUGGUUACUACGGAGCCUAAAGACUCAGUGCUUCCGAAUUUCAGGGUCCCAAUUUAACCUCUUUGGCCCUAACGUAUCAAUUGGGCGGAAGAAAAUUAAUGACUGGUUAGAUACCCUGUAUUAAAUGUAAGCAUCUUGAAUAUGAAAUGUUAUUAUAUUGUGCUAAUUACGAAAGUAAAUAAAAAAUUUCCUAAUAGUUGUACAGCAGGCUAUAAAUAAGCUAAGAAUAAUGGUUUUUAGUUAAAAGUACAGAAUUUUCUUUUAAAAGUACUCAAGUGGGCAUAAAAAAAUCUAAUUUGACCAGGAAAUAAUUUUAAGAUGCAAGGCAUAACACUUAAUAUUUUGAAAACUAACAAAAGUUGCAUUUACCUUUUAGAUGCAAAUGGACUUAUACUUAUUUCCGUUAUAAUUUUUACUUAUAUAUAAUUUUUACUUAUUUUCUCUGUUUUAGAAAUGCUGUUGUCAACUGAGCAAAUUUUAUAGCGUGCUUUUAUUCUCAGAUGUAUUUUAUUAGUAGGAUACUAAGUUUUGCGAUAGAAAUCUUAAAAAUACAAAGUAUAGAGUAAUGUAUUAAAGUGAUCUAGUACGUGCUAGGACGAUAGGGCCAAAGGGGUUAGAAUAAUAUAAAUCAUUUAGAACAUUCUUAAUUUUCAAUAAUUAUGAAAUUCUGCUUGAAAUAAAACGAAUUCCUGCUUCAAAUGUUUUCUCAAAAAUUUAAAAUAAGUUAACUAGAGGAAAAUUAGACUUCAAGUUGUGAAAAAUAUUGUUCUGUAAUAUUGAAUAGAUAACAAAUUCUCUACCUCUUUACUCUUCUAUUAAUAUGCACAUCUAUAAGGAUUGCAUAUAUUUAUAAUCAAAACAAAGAAUUUGAAAGCAAGAAUAAAUUUAUAAUUGAUAUCAAAUUUUUUAGUUUGAACUGAUUCAACAAUUGCCUUAAAUAAAAGAACCAGUGUAAUUUUGAGUGUCAGUUUUAUUUUCAAUAAUAUUUAUUUAAUUUUCUAUGAAUUACAUGUCCCAACGAACCUGUCAAAACUUUAUUUUUGCAUCUUCACUUUUAUUUUUGGCAUAUUUGAUGCACUAUAGCGCUUAAGUGGAAUUACUUAUGUUGUGAAAGCACCAAAUUUUGCUAUAACUCAAAAAAAAAAUUUUUUUUCAUUUUUUCCCUAAAAACUACAGAUAUAUGCAGUCUUAUAUUAAGGUAUCUGACUGGGUUCGGCUUAAUUUUUUUUUUGAAAAUAGCCUAUUUGAGAUAAAAACUACACAUUUUUUAUGUCAGGAAUACAGCUCUACAACAAAUUGUAAUGCAGAAAUUUCAAUUUUUUUUUUCUAGAUGAAAAUUAUGAUUACCUAUGUUUUGAACUAAAAUCUUUAAAAAAUUUCAAAUAAACAAUGAAAUAAGACUAAAUAUAUUGCUGAGCAUUUAUUUUUGAAAUAAAAAUUCUAAGCAUUCUUAAAACAUGAUGAAUUCACGAUUAGACCCCAUCUAUUAGUUCAAAACAUACUUAACAUUAUGCAAAAUCUACAUACAAAGUUUCAAAGAAUUCUAUAUUUAGCAUUUUUUGUAAUGUGUGUUAAUACAAUGAAGAGAUUUUAAUAUAAAGAGAGUUUCUUAAAAUCAAUGUUUUCCUGAAAAUGCAUUUAAAGUAUGCAAUUCGUGAUUGCAAAGCUCGAAUAAUCCAUCUGGGGAAGAGUAUUGACCCUUUCCUCUCCUCCUCUUCUAAGUUGUAUAGGAAUGUACUAAUAUAUUGUCCCUUAAUUGUCAAAAAUAUUUUUUAAAAUUUCCAUGAGGCUUUCUUUUUGAACUAUGUUCAAUGCAGUUUUCAGUUCCAUAAUGUUUCCUAACUUAAAAGUGUUUGAUCUAGAAGUGUCUAUGUUAAGUCAAGGCAGAAACUAACUAACUUCCUUCCUUCUUCUAUGACUCUCCACACGCUAAUGGUGAAAGCAUGCGAUGUGUUGCCAUAGGUAGAGAGUUCUGCUCUAUGCCAACUGUAGCCCAUUUUGAUAGCCAAUUGCUAUUCUGCUUCAUUUGUCAGCAAGAGUGUAAAAACAACUAAAACUUCAAUUCUAAAGAUUGGAGGCCAAAAAUUUAAAUGUAGACAGUAAAAAAAAAAUAAAAACGAAUUUUUUUUUUUCGAAAUCGCCGAUUUUUAUCCAGUUAGAUACCUUCAUUUUUCUGUAACUAAAUUUUAUUCCAUUACACAUUAUCAUUUCUUUUAGUGUUUGUUAUAUGUAUUUUUGGUUUUGUAUUUGGUUGUUGUAUCAGCUUUAAUUCACCUAAGGUUUGUUCAUUUGAGGUGAUAUUAAUUAAGUGCUUUGUAUUUUAAAAUGCAAUCAAAUUUUUUAGGAGCACACUUAUGAACUUACAGUUGUUUAAAAAUGAACUGGUUAAAAUGUCAAUGACCACUACGGAACUGUAUUAAUAUAAAACUUGUCUUUGCAAAUGUAUAUAACUCUCUAACUCUUCCUUAUCCUUAGCAUGUGCCUGAUAUUGGCCUUGACCUUCAACCUUGGCCUUCAACCUGAUUGUGGCCUUGAAAAAUAAAUAAAUCCAUUUGUUUUAAACUUUAAUUUUUACUUAUUAAGUAUACUUCCAAUUAAUAGGAAAUUUAUUUUCUAUGUAGUAGAAGUGUCCAGAAGUCCUUCAGUUAUUACUUCCAGAGUUGUACAAAAUGCAAUCUAGUUGUUGUAUUUUUGCUCAAAUUUUAUUGUAGUUUAUGGGGUUUAUGUGUGUAUUUACUGAAGUAUUAUAUGACAAUAAUUUAGUAGGCAAUAUAGUAUGUAAUUUAACACUAGAUACUUAAAUGCUGAAUUGCCGAACAGUUUACUUAUAGGGCUAUUUUUUGCACCAUAAAAACUUGUUAACCUUAUUCAUGGCAUACCCUCCAUUUACUUAAGAAUUUCUGCAAUUUCAAAAAAUAUUUUCCCCAGUUCUUUCAUCAAAGAUAAUAUAUUUGAAACUUGUUAGAAUUAAAUAAGUUUUGUGCCUCACUACUUAUACAUAUUUAGCUGAUAUAUAUGUUGUUGUUUUUUUUUUUUUUUUAAGUUUUUGUUGAAAUUUUUAUAAAAAUUCUAUUUGUUUCAAAAAUUUCUACCUGAGUUCAUUAGCACUAAAAAAAAUUUUUUUUUUUAAGUCCCUCAAAUGUGUGUUGGAGGGUAUGUUACUGAGGGAAGUUGUAUUUAAUAGUUGAAACUUCAUAUUUGAGGCUACCAGCAACCCUAAAAAAACCCAGCUCCCUUGAAGCCCUUGUUAGCUCUUCAUGCCAGCCAGAGAGCACACAUAUGUUUUUACUUUUUUCAGCUAAUCAAACAGAAAUAGUGAAUUAUUUAGAAGUUUUUGGUUCUUGAAAUUUUUUACUACAGCAUGCAUUGUUUUAAAUUUACUUAGGUACCUGCAGUGAAACAGUUUUGGCCUUUGCUCCAAUCAUAUUAAGCUUUGGCCUUGUAACAGAUUAUAAUAGCAGAAAUGCAAUUAAUUAGUAGAAACUAGUUUUUGUAUUACAGAGAAGUGCAAAGUCUUAAAACUUCAAGUACGCAUUGUAGUUUAUUAAUAGAUUCCAGAUUUUGGUGAUCAUUUAUAAAAAUGCCUUUAAGGUUAAACUAAUUCCUAUUUGAAUUUCCUAAGU